AUGGACAGAAUCAAAACUGAAGUGGCAUUUUUAAUCUAUAACCUUGAAUUCGGAAAAUUGAAAAAUAACCACCAGUCAUAUGUUAUAAAUGAAUUAAAUAGGAAAAUUAACAAAUACACAUCUUUUAUAUUAGAUAGUAGCUACAAGCAUGUUAAUAAUUUCUCUUAUUCAACAAAUAUAUUUCAUUAUUUUUACAAAGUAACGGAAUAUUAUAUUUUAAAAUAUUUCAACAGCAUUAUUGUUGACUCUAUUUUUUAUUUCAAAUGUAUAAAUGACCUAAAGAACAAAUCUCAUUGUGGUGCACAAAAUGAUGAAUCUAAACUUUAUAAAUGCAUAUAUAAAGAGAAAAAUGAAAAGAUGCUAGAAAAUUGGAAUAAUAAUGACUCAAAUUAUUAUACUUUUGAUUAUCAAGUAUUAACAAAUUUUAUUCAAAAUUUAAAAAAAUUAUAUGAGAAAAAUAAUUGUGUUGCUUCGAAUGCAGGUGGCAAAAACAUAACAAAAGCAAAAGACAGCGAGAAAACAACUCGACAAAAAAAUGACGACAAUAAUGCUACUAAACCGGAAAAAUGCAAUAAUAAAAAUGAAGAUAGACAAAACAACGAGAAUGAAAUAAAGAAUGCUAGUGAAAGUUUUAAAUUUGGAAAAACAUUUAUAUAUGCCAUAUGUGAAAUUAAUAACAGUCUUUAUAAUAAAAAAAAUAGAAUGAUAUGUAUAACAAAAAUAUUUCGUAAAAUUGUUAAUAAAAAAAAAAUGAGAAAAUAUAUAUGUGAAAAUGAUAAAAUGGCAAAAAAAAUGUAUUUAAAAUUUAUUUUAAAUUUAUCAUUAGGUAUCUUUAUAUACCUAUAUAUGUAUAGAUAUAUUAAAAAAAAAUAUAAGAAUAUUGAUUUUUUUAUAUUUUUAAAUAACCUAAAAAAUAUUAGGCAAAUAUAUUCUAAUAAUACUUCUUAUUUUGAAAAACAACAAAUUAUUAGCUUCAUUAAAUAUAUCAAAUUUAUAAAUAUUCAAAUGUUUCAAUAUGCAUAUAUAUCAUUCUUUGUAAAUAUAUACAAGUAUAUUAACUUAAUUCAUAAUACAACUCUCGUAACACUUUAUUAUUAUUUUAAAAAAAUAAAUAAAAAACAUAAAUGGAAAAUCAAGUUGAUAAAAAAAAAAGACGGAAAAAAUUCCGGACACCAAAAUAAUGACCCUUAUGAAUAUUUUAUAAUAGAGCAUGAUGGCAAACAAAAAUGUAAUGAAAGUUAUUGCCACGAUAAUAAAAAUGUAUGUGAUAAGGAGUUUGUAUAUAAUCAAAAUAUUUCUAACGAAAUCGGGCAAAUAGAAAAGGAAAAAGGGGUUAAGAAUGAAAACGUAGGGAAAAAUGUGACAAAAAACUUGGAAUUUCCUCAAAGUGAUAAUGCAAAUCUUAACACUAAAAAUAUUAAUACUAAAUUGAUUAAUGAUAUAAAUAACAAAAGAGCGAUUGAAAUUGGUUUAAGUGGUUCUUAUGAUUAUAAUAAUAACAAGCAAUGUAACAUUGGAUUUAAUUGGGUAGAGAUCAAAAAGGAAAGUAUCCUUUCUAUGAAAAAUAAUAUAAAUGGAAUUAAUGAAAUUAUAUUUGAUAACUAUAUUUAUGUCUUUAUAUUUUAUAAAUAUAUAAGAAAUAUAAAGAAAAGUAUGAAAUAUAACAUUACAAAAAUACAAAGUAAUAUUAAAAAAAUGAUUCAUCUAUUUAUUAAUAUAUGUAAAACGAAUAAUGACGAAAAUAACAAGAUGGAACAAAAGAUGCCAUUAAGCAUGAAUACAGAAGAUACAAAAAAUAUUAGCAAUAAUAUUUUAGGCGAUCAAGAAUGCAACAAUAAUUAUAUUAAUGAUUCAACACAAUUCUUAAUAUAUUUUAAAUACAUAGAGUUGUGUAAAUAUUACAAAAGUUGCAUAAAAAUAAAUUAUGAAAUUAUAAAAUCGGUACACACAUUUCACAUAUUGUUAACACAUUUUUUUAAAUAUUUUCCUGUCUUAAAUUUUAAAAAAGGGAAUUGCAUCAUAUAUAAUUAUUAUGAUAAAUCGUAUAUAUAUAAAGAACAAGCAUCAAAUGAAAAUAUUGACACAAAAAAAGCAGGUAAAGUAAAUAAAGAAUGCUUUUUUGAUAUAUUUAAAAAUGUUAAGGAUUAUGAAAUAGAUUUUUUAUAUUUCAAUGAAUACCAAAAAAAAAAAGAUGAUGUAGAUGAAACACUACAAAGCAUAGAAGAAAAUAACCAAGUUGAAUCUUUUAGUGAAGUGUUUCAUAUUGAUGAUAAUACUAAUUUUGAUUCUACUAAUUUAUCACAAAACAAUUUUACAAAAGAAAAUAUAAAUGAUCAUGAAAACACAGAUAAUAAUUAUAGUAAUGGCUAUAUAGAAGGUUUAAAAAAAAUAUUUUUAUACUGCAUAAACAAUAAUCUAAAUGAUUUCCUAAUAAGCGUAAAUAUGGAAGAAAAUUUUCAAAUAAAAAGAGACACAUCAGAAAACGAAAAAAAUAUUUCGAUCAUAAAUCAAAAUAAAGGUGAUGAGCUUGUCAAAAAAUGCAGAAGCGAUAGUAUUUUAGAAAUCUUAAAAACCAAUAAAGCAUUAUACAGCAAAAUAUUAGAAAUUAUAGAAGGGUUUUCGAAAGGCAUGUCAAAUAUUAUACAAAAUUAUGAAUAUGACUUAAAUCGAUACAGUAAAAAGGUCUUAGAUAUAUAUGAUAAUAAUGUUUUUGAUAUACACUAUAAAAUUUCUAAUCAAAAUACAAUUGAAAGUGAAGAAGAAGUAAAAAACAAAAAAUUAUUGGAAGUAAAAAUAUUUUUAGAUUAUAAAAAGUUAUAUAACAAAAAAACAGUGGAAACUCAAACACCCGUUUCAUUUUUUAAAAAUGAUAAAGCAAUACAAAUAGCAAAAGAUACAGAGACAAUAACGAUAUCAGAACAAUUUAUUCAAACACGAAAAAACAAUAAUCCUAUUUUUUAUUUAAGUGAUAUAUAUAGUUAA